AUGCAGCGCCCGCUGCGCCCAACAGGCAAAGAAAGACGCUACGCAGCAAAAGACCGUCCUCUCGUAGCACCCUCACUAGGUGCGUCUCUCCAAUGCCACGUCCGCGCCGCACACCCGUCCACGCCGGAACGACCUCACCUCGACACCAUCACACGCGCCAGGAACUACGCGAGAUGCCGUAACCCGCCCUGCACUCAGCGCUGUCUCAGUUACGUCACAGCUAGCCGCGCAAGAAAGUCCGACGCAAGAAUCUGCGCCUACGGGCGCGAUGGCAUGGCGCUCGGAAGCAGCUCGCGCAAUCACAUUACAUCGCAUUGGCUACACCGAGAACGGAAGGCAGGAGGACAGCCAUGGGCCCAGCUGAGCCGUGUACCCGCCAUUCUGGGGCUCGCUCAGAUCGUCUUUGUUGCGCGCGCAGAGAUCAGGACGAGAAAGGCGAGGUACCAGAGCUCCAGACUUCUACUUCCGCUUGGCUUCACGGAAUGCGACUCGCCCAUACCACACGCGUGA